CCAAAUGUUGGUACUGAUACUGGAGGUGCAGGAGGAGGAGCUGGUGGUCGAGAGAGUGGUACUGAGGAUUGUGGAGACGGGGUAUAGCGGUGCAGUGGGGAGGGGGGAGCAGUGUGGUACUGGUGUGUGAGGUACUGUCCGACAGUGUACAGGGGACGGGUACAGUCCGACUCAAUGCUGUGUGUGUAAUUACCCGAGUGACUCAGUAGCUGUGUCAGGGAGUGCCACAAGGUGCCUCUCCUCCACUACGCCAAGGAGUGCCACCAGCUGUGAUGAUCCACAUCCUGAGAUGGCUGGUGAGGCUGUGGCUGCGGUCUGGGGCCGUGCGCUCCCUCCUCAUCGUUGUCUUCUUCUUCUGCUUCACACUACACUUCCUCAGCGUCAGCAAGCAGACAGCAGAGACCGCAGCAGACUACGAGGACGACACCUUGGUGAAGACGGCUGACGAGGAGAAUAUAGAGGUGGAGAUGCCACCGGAGGCGGCCAGGUGGAGCGGGAAUGAAGGGUCUCCACCUCACUCUGACGACCCCACCCUGGGCCCUCACGGCGACUGGCUCGAGGUGGAAGGCUCGAAUCGAAAUGUUUUUGUAUACUCCGCCUACCUGGAUCGCAGAGGAACCCUCAACGUGGUGAGAAUAAUCGCAAUAAUCAAGAAGAGGACGAAGGUGAAGGAGUGUGUGGUGUGGGCAGGCAACAGCACACAGCGCGUGACUGCUAAGAGCCAGAACAUCAAGGAAAACUGGAAUCUGGCUUACUCUGCCGGCUUCGUCCUGUGUUACCUGACUGACCCCACCACCGUCCCCACCCGCGUCGCUGUCGUCGCCAACGGCGUCGCUGCCGAAGGCUCAAGUCUACCUGUUCAGGACCUCACCAUGAGGGAGCCGCAGGGCAAUAUGAGCGUCUGCGUUAAAGCUUUCCAUUAUAAUUUCGACCGGGCGGUUUGGUUGGUCGAGUUUAUAGAAUUUUAUCGUCUGCUUGGCGCAGAUAAAUUUAUAUUUUAUAAUCACACCAUAGGCAGUAACGUCGAAGCCGUCCUCAGAUACUACCGAGAGCUGGGCCUGGCCACGGUUCUUCCCUGGUCCUUGCCUGUCGUGACGCAAGUGGAGAUCAGAACAGAGGGGAUCUUCGCCGCUCUCAAUGACUGCAACCUGCGGUCCGUCAACCGCUUCCCCCUGGCCGCCAUGGUGGACGUUGACGAGUUCCUCGUCCCCAGGAGACACCCGAGCCUCCUCCACCUCGUCCACUCCUACCGCAGCACCGACCACGCCUUCAUCUUCCAGAACGUGUUCUUCUACCUGUACUGGGAGAACGACACAGCCGUCAACGAUGUCCUCUUCGGCAACGACCAGGGACUUGGACCCGCGCUCUUCGGCUCCCAGGCCGCCAUGCCCUACCUCCUGACGGCCUCCAAGACCCGCAGGCUGGCCAAGCCCCACAAACACGGCGUGCGCUCCAAGUAUAUUGUGCGCCCGGAGGCGGUCGUCGAGCUCGGCAACCACAAUGUGUGGGAAUAUGUGGGUACACAACCACAGAUAAAGUCCACAAAAGGGAGGGAAAAGUUCAUAGGAAGAACGAGUACAGCGAGAAGCGGGUAUGGGGCGGGUACAAGGCGAGUCACAAGCGGGUAUGGGGCGGGCUCCUACACUACACCUAGACAAAGCCAGACAAAAGGUGUUAGGAGAGCCAGGCCGAUUCCAGCCGAUGUUGGGCUCUCACACCACUACAGGAUCUGCGAGUUCGGUGGCUUCGAUUGUCUUAAGCAGUCCAACUUGGUGGACCGGACUGCACACAACUGGCUGGAGCCCCUCUACACACACGUGGCCAGCGCCUGCACGCAUAUAUUCCCCUCGCUAGGAAUGUGUCCGGCAGCGCCACCCUUGGGCUCCCCAUGGUAGCCUCCUGCUCUCAGCGACCCUUACAAACAUGUGCCUUCAACACUAUCCCAACACACACUGUGAUCCUCCUAUUUUGACCAAAUAGUUCUAACUAGUCUGCAAAGUACAGGCCUAUAGUCCUUAAACAGGCCUACCUGCGUGAUCGGCCGUGAAGACUGUGUGGGUGUGCUUCAUGUCGAUCAUUCUAGUCAGCUAACGUCUGAUUUUCAAGUCUUCCACGGCGGUGGCGGGUGUGUUAACUGGGCCCCACUGUCAGCCACUUAUCGUUGAACCUACCGGCAGACUGAGUGAAGAUCACGUCAACUUGUUUACAGCAGUGAGUGAGGAUGGUUGCGUCCUUAGUGCAAAACUUUUAGUGUCUUAUCGUGUGUGAGCGGUGAAAACGGCACAUCAGUUACACAUACAAACAACCGAGAAGCACAAUAAGUGUCAUCAUUAGUGAUGAAGUGCAUUGCGGUAAGAACUUCGCGACGACGACAACGGGGGGAGGGAACGAACCAUGUGAAUAAUCAGGAUGCAGAUUUGCCACUGAGGUUCCAGUCGUCAGAGAGAAUAUUAUUUUCAUAUAAAACCCAAAGAAAACUGUAUCAUGCUCCAACUUUUGUAAUCUUUUGUAAUAUUGCUAGUCAAUUCCAACAUCCCAGAUAAUGUCAUACUGAUAUCUUGGUUUAACAUAGGUAUAGAAUGCUUCCUCUUGAUGUCCGGCUUAAGAACGUAUGUAUUUUGUUGUUACUUGAUUGAAAUCAGCUUAAAAUGUCAAGAUUAUGAGGGAUUGUGAGGGUGACUCUCAAUCCCAGCCUUUAACACUCACAGCAGCGAUCACGUAACCUCAUCUCUAACAGGCCUUAGCUUACCUAGGAAAUCUAGUCAGUAGAGUUCUAUAUUUGGCUCGUCACUCCACAGCGAUGUCCUGUGAUCACAGUCAGGCUACAGCACCUUAAACAGCAUCACAGUCACGCUAACUACCAUUGAACUGUCAGAAGGCAAAUCAGAUGAGUAAAUACAAAAUAUGCCAAUAUAAACACAUUAUUCAACAUUAAGGUGAGAUAUAAUUGGAUUGUAUAGUGCGUAAUCAUUGUUUUAAUUGAUGAAUAUGUGCAUGCCAUUGAACCUAAAAUCCAUGUAAAAAAUAUUAUA